AUGAAAAGUUUUAUAAAUAUUACUCUUUCAUUAUUUUUGUUACAUUUAUAUAUUUAUAUAAAUAAUGUUGCUAGUAAAGAAAUUGUAAAAAAAUAUAAUCUUAACUUAAGAAAUGCAAUAUUGAAUAAUAAUUCUCAAAUAGAAAAUGAAGAAAAUGUAAAUACUACAAUUACUGGUAAUGAUUUUAGUGGUGGAGAAUUUUUGUGGCCUGGUUAUACGGAAGAAUUAAAAGCUAAAAAAGCUUCCGAAGAUGCUGAAAAAGCUGCUAAUGAUGCUGAAAAUGCUUCAAAAGAGGCAGAAGAAGCUGCUAAAGAAGCAGUAAAUUUAAAGGAAUCUGAUAAAUCUUAUACAAAAGCAAAAGAAGCAUGUACAGCUGCUUCAAAGGCAAAGAAAGCUGUUGAAACUGCUUUAAAGGCAAAAGAUGAUGCUGAAAAAUCUUCAAAAGCUGAUAGUAUUUCUACAAAAACAAAAGAAUAUGCUGAAAAAGCAAAAAAUGCUUAUGAAAAGGCAAAAAAUGCUUAUCAAAAAGCAAACCAAGCUGUUUUAAAAGCAAAAGAAGCUUCUAGUUAUGAUUAUAUUUUAGGUUGGGAAUUUGGAGGAGGCGUUCCAGAACACAAAAAAGAAGAAAAUAUGUUAUCACAUUUAUAUGUUUCUUCAAAGGAUAAGGAAAAUAUAUCUAAGGAAAAUGAUGAUGUAUUAGAUGAGAAGGAAGAAGAGGCAGAAGAAACAGAAGAAGAAGAACUUGAAGAAAAAAAUGAAGAAGAAACAGAAUCAGAAAUAAGUGAAGAUGAAGAAGAAGAAGAAGAAGAAGAAGAAAAGGAAGAAGAAAAUGACAAAAAAAAAGAACAAGAAAAAGAACAAAGUAAUGAAAAUAAUGAUCAAAAAAAAGAUAUGGAAGCACAGAAUUUAAUUUCUAAAAACCAGAAUAAUAAUGAGAAAAACGUAAAAGAAGCUGCUGAAAGCAUCAUGAAAACUUUAGCUGGUUUAAUCAAGGGAAAUAAUCAAAUAGAUUCUACCUUAAAAGAUUUAGUAGAAGAAUUAUCCAAAUAUUUUAAAAAUCAUUAA